AUACAAUCAAAAUUAUAAUUUCCUGUUCACGAUCAAAUUCAAUGCAAUCGUCUCCGAUUCUCCUGCAUCGGGUUUCAAAAUUUCCCAUUCAGAAGUUUUUUUCUUCUUUUUCGUUUAAAAAAGUCGUCUGUGGCAAAUUCGAUUUAGGUUGAUGCGAGCUAGGCCCGCUAGGCCCUGGUGCUAUGGCUAGUCAUUGGCUAGUAUGGCUAGACUCUAGUUUCUAAUUUAUAAAUUCUAACCUAAAAUUUUGCUCUGUGGCUGGUUCCUGGACUGGUUUUGGUUUUGAAUUCCAAGUUUUGAACACUUUGAAUUACUUGCACUGUGUUUAGUAUUCUGUUAAUCAGCUGUAUUUGUUUUAACGUUUCCUCUUGACGUUUUUCUUUGUGAAUAAUGCAAGAAUAAUGUCUAUCAGAAGACUCAAACGGUGUUUUGUUCCGACUUGUGAAAACACCAGUGAGAACAACAAAAAUAAACUAUUUAUAUUACUACCAAGUAAACCUGAGAUCCGAAAAAAAUGGUUUACAUCUAUUAACGGAAAAUACAUUACUAAAACUGAUUUAUAUGCAUGUGAAGAUCAUUUUGAUCUGAAAAAUGAUAUGAAGAAUUGGGUGGAAUACAAGCUACUAGCAAAGCGAAUGUUCAUGAAGGAAUCUGCUGUUCCUAGAUUUUUCAUCAACUCACCUAUACCUGAGAAACAAAAAUUUGUAUCUCAAAUAUCAGAUUCAGAAAGAAAACGGAAGAGAGAGGCAAUGGAGAGGUAUACAGAACAAGUAAGGAGACUUGCAAAACGUGAAAACAAUUUUAAUAAUGAAAAUCCAGAUACAAGGCUCAUAGGAAACAUAGGACUUUCAAAGAAAGACUAUUUUGUAGUGCUACAACCAGCAAUCAACUCAGAUGUGGAUGAAACACUGCCAACAACAUCAUCUGCAAAUGAUACUGAAGUUUCCAAACUGUUUUUAGUGCCUGAAGCAUUUUCUCCCAGCAUUAAUAUUGUAAUUUCUGCAGUUCCUGAUCAUGUUGAUCCUCCAUCUGCAUCUCUUAGGUCAGUCAAAAUGAAGCAGAUGUUGUCAUCUGCUGAAAAUUGUUAUUUUGAUAUGACCAAACCACCUUCUAGGAGUAUCACUACUACAAACUUCACUUCAUACACAGCUGGAAGGGUACCACCAAUACCAUCGCCAAUAUCAGACAAAUUCAAAAUGAACAUUUCCCACAAACUAUUUGAUAAGGAAGCAAAAAUCAAGCAAGAACUCCAAGAAGGAGUCACUAUCAAAUUUGAAAGUGUUGAUAUUGAUGAAACUGACUUGGAAACAGACAAUAAAAUAGAUAUACGAGAAACAUGUUUAGCUCCAAUUCAAGAGAAAGUUUUCAAAGUUGAUGGAUAUAAUGAACAAUUCAAUGAUGUAGAAGAAUUGAAAUUUAUGAACACAGUUUCAGUUAACUGUGAUGAUCAUAAUUUAGAAAAUAUUCCUGGUAUUCAGGAUGAAGGCUUUGAAAUUGUGAGAGAAAUUAUUGAUGAAGAAAAUGAAUUAAAACAAGAAUCAUAUGAUAAUAUAGAUAUCAAAAAUGAAAUGGAUGAAGUUGUUACCGAGUAUAUUUUUGCUUGUUCUGUCUGUAAUGAGAUGUAUGAAACCAAGGAAGAAUUGAUCGAGCACAAGAUAGAGACUGCCGAAUGUCAUGAACACAAACAAUGUGAAAAAUGUGGGAUUAAAUCAGAAGAAGGUUUUGCCUGUAUUUGGGACCUCAUGCAACACAUGGAAGCUGAACACAAAGUAGAACAUCUGGACGAUUUGGAGCUGCUUGAAAUUCAGAAGGCUAUUGAUAAGGAGAAAACUAGUGUAAUAUAAGUGUAUUGAUCACGAGAAAACCCACACCGAUGAGAAGCCCUUCAAGUUUCAAGGUUGUCUCAAACCCAUUCUAACUGAUUAGGAACUGCAGAAUUCGAAAAUGCAAUGAUAUACAGGGUGUUUCAUUUGAAAAUCAAAGGUUAUUACCACUCCCGGUGAAACUGGAAAUGGAAAAUAAAACCUUUUUAUGUCAAAACAUGAAGUUUAUCAAGUUGACUGGUCAUUUCAAAUUUUAAAUACUCAACUCUCAAACUAAAUGAAAAACAAGGGGGUGUACCAUGAUCUUGUCACACCUGGUACCUAUAUUGAUUGAAUUUGAAAGGAUGCCCAAAUGAAAAUAAAAUUGGACGGCUUCGAAAGUUCUUUCAAUUAUCCUUAUAAUUUACAACGAAUUCAUCCACCACUCAAUACGACGGACGCACUUUAUUAAAAGCCUAUGUGCAAUAUAUUUUUGAAUUCAGCUCAUCAUGGAGAUUCCAAAAAUUCAAUAACAUAUAUAGGAUGUUUCAUUUGAAAAAUUUUUUGAGGUCGUCACUACUCAAACAUGUAACACCCUGUAUAUUACAUUUUUCUCGCCUUCGGCUUUUAGCUGUUAAGAUGCCAUUCGCGGAAUCACUAGAAGACAAACUGUCAUAAUAAUCACCGAAUAUUUUCGGCUCAACAGUAUCGAUCACUUGUGGUAUUACAUAUUAUGACAAAAGUUUAUGUGGAACAAAAAAACUUCACGAUGCAAAUAUAUGAUAUUAUAUAUGCAAAUACAAGUUAUUUUGUUAAACCAAUUGAAUCGACCGUACGCGACGAAAU